AUGUUUCCGGUGCAAUUAUUGGUUGUUUUAUCAACGAUGAUUAUUAUUAAUCAGGCAGCAACAUUGAACUACAAGAAUCUGAUAUCAGUCACACCAAGUUAUGAAGAAUAUAAGGAGGCAUACAAAAUGUUAAACGACAAGACAAAUUAUAAUUCAAAAGAAAAUUCUGAAAUUGAAGCUUCAUAUGAUACAACAGAUUCACAAGGAAAUAUCAUAAAUUCAAAUGAAACUGCUUUACCCAUGUUAAAAAGCGUUCCUUGGUUGUCGAUUGCAGACAUUGUUACUUCCGUUAUAGUGGACGCUUUCGGAAAUAUGAUGAAAAAUAAAAAAGAUUGA